UCUUAACUACAGCUGAAGAGCAUCAUUCGGUCAAACUCUAGUCAACUUGUCGGUCAGACUCGGAGAGAUCAGUGAAUUAUAUGUCACUACUUUAUCUUCAUUUUCUUGUGUUCUGAAACUACGAGAUGAAUAGAAUAAAGAUUCUAGUUCUUAAGUCCAAGAAUAGAAACGAGAUAGAGGAAAAAACGGGAGAAUGCCUCGGUGCGUGUUCAGCAUCGACGACAUUCGUCGAAUUCCAUUGUUCUCGAUCGAGUGUGAAAGCGUUUCGUCUCGUCCUCUGCCCAACUUUUUCCUCAGUCCAACUUACCAACCUUCUAAUACCCAAGAAACCCCAAGACCUUCAUACGAAACUCGCCCAGGUGGCCGCUCGUUUCUUUUCUUCCACCUUUUGGUAGCCCCCAUCACCCCUGAUGCAUGAACAAGCGUAGUGCUGUCAUUUACUGUGUAGUCCAUGUGUGACUCUUCUUCUUUCACUCUCGCUUGAUCAUGCAACGAAAUCGCUCAUCGAGCUAGUAUUCCAUAGAAUUAGAAGCCAUAUUAAUUAAAGUAUAACAAGUUAAAAAUAAAAUCAAUCAAACAGCGACUUCCUAUCAAAAAAUGACAACAUUCAUCUCAUCAGCAUCACCUUGAACAAUGAAAAAUUUUAGUUGUUUUGGAGGAGAGAUGAAGCACGACAUGCAGACGUGAUACCACUCACAACGCAUUAGAUUUACAUUAGAAGUCAGUGAACCUCCAUUUUUGUCCUUUUGAAGUUCUUAGUUCUUAGUUCGCAUUAGUCAACUACAGCAUUCGUGUUGGAAAAGACUAGACAAGAACAUUUUUUUUUUAUCUAGAUUGUCAUAGUUUUAAGUUUUUGUUAUACUAUACUUACAUACUCUCUCAAGUUAUACUAUACUUACUUCUACUUCAUCUAGCGAAUCACCAAGAUCAACAAAAAAUGUACUGGUUCUCGUCUUCUCCCUUUAGUGGAGCAGGUGGCUCCACAGCCGGUGGAGAUGAUGGCACAGACAGCGAUGACGGCGGUGGCAGUAACAGGAUGUCGGCGUCGACGAAGAACCUACCUGUGUCACAGCUUUUUAGUGCUACAUCGAACGCGUCCAUGUCGGACGAUAUCGUGAUGAAUGACGGUUCGUUCUCUGGUUGUCAUUACAACCCGAACCCCGUAGGCGGUGUAGGCGACAGCACAUCGACGUCUUCGAAUGUGACUGCGUCAUGGUUUGUUGUGGGAGGAAACGGUACACAGCUGUCCUCGGGUAUGCUGCAGCAAGUGGUUGGAGAAGACCAAGACUUUAACAUACCGAAACUGUUUACGAAAGUCGGGUCUCCUAACGAUCAUGAGCGUGCUCUUUCUGCGUUUUCACGACAGCGCUCUUUACCGAGCGCGCGAAAUAGCGGUGGCUCUGCUGCCGGUCAUGACUACCCAGCGUUCCAUCAGGGAAGAAAUCCAGCUUCUAGUUCUACAAGUACAGCAAAUUCAUCUUCGGCGUCUUUUGACCAGUACACCCAAGACACGACACGUAUUUUCAAGAAUGAACAAGUACAGCGUGUACUCGAGGAGAUUCAUCAGGACCAACAACAUGGCUCUACGACUAGUAUGGCGAUGGACGACGACGAUUUGAGAAGAUGGCAUGAACAUGAAUGGCUGGAGAGGCAGACUAGUCGAGAAGCAGAUGAAGACGAGAAAUCUAAAAAAUCUCUACCCUCAUCACCAGUUUGUGAUGAACUUUAUGGCUCUCCUACAACUUCAUCCCGGACGAGUGAUGUGGAUAUGUUGUCGCCUAUGCUUCUUCUUCGGGGUAAUAGUGCGGAAGGGGGUGAACUACUACCUGAUCACGACAACCACAAGAUGACGAUGAGGAUGACGAUAAGAGAGGGGACAACUACAGGCACAACAUCACCACAACCAUCAACGUCUUCAGCUGCAGAACAUGGUAUCAUGCGAGCAGGCGUGGCGUACAUAGAACGGACAUUUGAUCGAUGGUACUUGGCAGUGGACAAAAAAGCUCCCACAGGAUCAUCUGAAGAUGACGCUUUCUCCUUAAUACAAGCAGCAAGCACAGUACAAAGUGCGCAGAUUUCGCGUGAGAACUCUACUGGUGUUGACGUUGCGUCAUCUGCUAAAAAUGGGCAUGGAGGACGUGACCACCAAGCAGACGACGACGAAGCUGAUAUCAUCCCUAGAAGCCUCAAAAAGACUGCUACUGCAUCGACUGAGCUUCGCGAAAGUGGUCUGAUGUCCUUGCAUGAAGAUGACGAAAGGUCGUUUGCUUUGGCAAGUUCUGGAGGACGUCUGUUGAGUCGUGGGAGUCAUCCUUCGUUGGUUGGAAAUUUCUCUUCUUCUCCAACCUCCUCGAAGCAUUUACGUGACAAGGAUGGCUUUUUCGGAGGAAAUGAGAAGACCUCUCCUAAAUCCGAUGAAGAUAACGGCGCCAUCUUAGGUCUGCAAGCUUUAGUCCUAGACGAUCUGGAAGGUUUGACGACGGAUGAGAGUCUCUCGGAUGCAGGUGAGCAAUCGGCUAAGACGACUAGUACUUUCGGAAAGGGAACAAGUCCGAAAAACAACACUCUGACUCUGUUUAACAAGGAACUUCUAAACAGUUCAUCAUCAUCUCCUACAGGAAGUCCUACUAGUGGAGCUUGUAAAAGUCCGAGCACCGACAAGAAUCCCCAGCAAGAAGAUCCACCAGCGAGCUUCGUCACUGCCGCUUGCGCGUUAACGGCAUAUUGGUACUUUUUUUGAACAAUACCAAUAGAAAUAGGACAUCACUCUAUCGUCCCAUUCUUCUCGAACAAAGUAUGUCUUCUAUCAAGUUUGUACUAGAUACUUUCUACAUGUUCAUGAUGUUCCUGCUAACACAGAUGCAGGCUCUACUAAGAAUACUCCUUGGCAAUAUCACCACAUCAGCGCUCUCGUCUCCGCAGGCUCCCUACGAGACAAGUUCGACCGCGCAGCUAUUUUAGCCCAAUUCGUGGCACUGCGUGACUCCUUCUUGAACACUGCCAGCACUGAGAACACUUCGAGCUCUGCCGUUUACGCGUUAGCAGAUUCUAUUAAGGGUAGGUUAAAGGUGCUUUUCUUAUCGCUUUUUAUGCCUCUCCUAAGGGAGAAAGGCAUAAAAAGCGGGGUAAGCAAGCACCAAAAACCUACCUCUAAUUCUAUUCUGAAGCACGCGAAGGAGUUCUCGGAUGCUGUGCUGUGGCAUCUUGCCUGCGUGUUUCCCACAGCUGCUUCGAUGUUGUUCGGUAGUAUCGCGUCUGCGGGAGGGGCGGUGAGUAAACCUCCUACGACCACUUCUGCUGGAAGUAUUGGAGGUCCUGGUAGUUUUUUGUCGUACAUCUAUGAAUUCAUCUUUCAUCGAACUGGAGGGAUUGGACUACUUGGAGGUGCUUCUACAGGAGCUAUUGGAGGUGCCCAAGAUGAUGCUGGAGGCCAAUUAGGCUUUUUUGAACAAUGUGGUUGGCACACUUUGUUCUGUCGGUCUGCGAUUUUGUUGAAGCACCUGUCGAUUGCGUCCAGUGCAGCUGAUGCAACUACUGGGCCAAACGCUGGAACACGUCUCGUGGGCAGUAGCACCAGUCUGAUGAGUCACGGCUCUGCGCAUGGUCUAGAUCAUCAUGUUGUUGGAAGCGGAAAUCCCUCGUCGACCUCCACUGGGACACAGCUACAGCUGUUCAGAGGCUUCGAAUCCUUAUCUCAAGUACUGAUUAGGUUGGUCUUCGAGUCAGAUUUUGAUCACACAGCAGUGCCGAACUGGGUGUACCUAUAAUGAUGGACUGAGUUAUUUACCUAUGAAGAUGAAAUGGGUUUUUAAGCAACAACCUAUCACGAACUCGUGCGCGUAGAACGAAAACCUAUGAUGAAUAUUAUAAGAAUCCAAUCGCGCUUGUAAUAGAAUGUGUACUAGAACGUAUUGCGAUUGAACUUCGUGUGUCUUGUGAAAAUGUGUAAACGACAGAAAAGAGAUGAUCUCGUUGCAUUGGAAGAACAUCAACUUCUACCACUUAAUAAAAUUAGAACGUCAGGAAAGAUGAACUGAAUGAGACCAUACUAUCUUUAAGCAUGUUGGACUACUCACACCAACAAGCCACCACUUCCUCUUCGUUAUAUUUUUGACCAUCUUCCAAAACCAUAAUGUUUAGUAUGUUUUCACUAUCGCUGGAAUUGUGCUUGAUUUGAUUUAUUUUCAUUGAAUUCGAAACUCACUGGUGUUGACAAGAGCAGUGAGUUUCGAAUUCAUUCACUUGAUAUGACUGUAUUCUGUUUAUUCUCUUUUUUUUUGGUAUGACAGUAAGUUAAAUGUAAAUCAGUUUUUUUGGUCGGGUGAACACUAAAGUUUUGUCGUUCAUGCUUAUAGUUACUUACCUACUAGUGUCAAUAUUUGUCAUGCUAGGGAAAGCGAAAAAAUUCAACGAUCGAGUUUUUUGAUCGCGAGUCUUUUUCACUAUCUUGGCCUCUUAUGAUAUAUGAUAUGUUCUCCCCAUGAUCUUGGUCCAUCAGCGGAGUUAUAAUCCCAACUACUUAUCUGAAAUAAGUAACUGAAAAAUCGAUGAAUAGGUAUAAUCAUGGUUGGACAAUAGAGUU